GCUCAGACUAAAGGUGAGGCACUGGAAGACUUUCAACUCUCCUCUGCAGCAUCUCACCACAUCUUCAUCAUCAUCAUGCCUUGUACCCGUUUCAAGUGCAACCCCUUCGAGGUUGGCCAGACCCUGACUGUGAACGGAGUACCUAAAGCUGGGGCUGAAUAUUUUCACGUGGACAUCGGCAGCGAUAGCGAUGUCGUCUUGCGUAUUGAACCAAGAUUUACAGCCGGACAAGUGAUUUUCAACACACUCAAGAACGGCAACUGGAAGGAAAAUGUGGUCCACAGUGGGAUUCCUUUCAAGCACGGACAGGACUUCACUAUCACCGUCCUUUUCAAACACGAGGAGUUCGUGGUGACCUUACCAGAUGGUACCAAAAUAAAUUACCCCAAUUCCUUUAAAGCAGACAAGUACUGCCUCUUGACCCUCAACGGAGAAGUUGAAUUCAGAAACAUUGAGAUGAAAUAAAGCUGCACACUCACCACAGCCACUGGGUCUUCACAGCUGAGCUUUUAUAUUUGACACAACGCUACAAGGUGAUCAAAUCUAAUAAAGCUCCUUAAAAAAACA